ACAUGCAGUUUUUAUAAUGUGUUUGGUAGCCAUAAUACCUUGAAAAACAACUCUAAAACAGCCAUUAGGUAUUUGCGUAGGUUUCAACUGAAGUCUGUGUUUUUUUUUUCAUGUGUUAUUUGUUGAAGUGUUUUUUCUUAAUUGUUUCGUGAUUAUAAGGAAUGUUUUUACGUACAGAUGUAUAAGAACAGCAGAGCUCUUCACGCUUCUGGUGGAAUUCGUGCAGAAAAGAAAUUGCAAAAUAGUGGGAAGAAAAAUAAACAACAACAACAAAAUAAACAACAACAACAACAACAAAAUAAACAACAACAACAACAAAAUAUAAAGCAACAUCAACAACAACAACAACAAAAUAAGAAACAGAAACAGCAGUCACAGCUUGGUCCUUCCUUUCUCCUACCUUACAACCAAGAAUGGCCUCCCAUUCAGAAAUUUCACAAUGAUUUAAUCCUUGAAGAGAUUCAAAGUGUUUUAGGUAAAAAACUGUGUGACCAAAAGUUGCUUGCAAAAAAGAGAAAGCUUGAAAAGAAAUAUUCCAGUGCAACUCCAGCUGAAAUUGAUAGAAUGUUAAAAGACAUUGCGAAAAAGUGGGAUCGUGAAGAAGUUGAAAUCGACAGUUUGGUAUCAUCUUUAAGAGACGAAACAAAGAUCGACUGUGCUGGAAAUUACUUUUUAUUUGGUAUAAACAUCAUAACGAAGCAUUUGGAAAGAAAUGGUUCCUUGGACUUGCUUCUGGUAUGUCGUUCAGCACAACCUAGUUUGAUGACGCAGCAUCUUUUAUGUCAAAGCCUAGUAGCUGACAUCCCGGCUUGUGCCAUAACAGACCUAAGUCCAACCGUUUCGAAAUUAUUCGCGUUCAAUUCAACUCUGGCAAUUGGUUUUAAGACAGUCGAAAAGAAUCCUUUUCAAGAUCUUAUUGAAUUCAUUAAAGACAAAAUACCAACAUACGAUGAGUCUCCUUGGGUGAAACUAUGGCGGAGAAAUGAUAACAAGAAAGGUAUGGGCGCUGAUCUAGAUACUUUUAAAGACGCUGUAAACGGUGAAGGCGUUGAAAAAAUAGACACGAACGUUUCCAAUGCUCAAGAUGAAGAGUUGAAAAAUUCGCGCAAACGAACUCAUGAAGAUGUGAAAUUUUUAGACUUGAAUAUAAAAUGGAAAGAGAUAAAUAAAAAGACAAAGAAAAAGAGAAAGUGACAACACAAAACCAUUUUUAGUGGAGUUUCUAUUUUAAUUUAUUCGUACUAAUAUACGAGCAUUCGCGCAAAAACUUUUGUUAGUUUGCGAUAUUUAGCAGAGAAAUUACUAUCCCUUAGAAUAUAGUGAGGAUAAAAUAAGUAAAUAUAUACAGCUAAUAUUAAAUAGUUCAGUAUACAAAAAAAAUACAGUUACAAAAUUGAUAUAACUAGAAAUGCCGGACAAGCUCGUGAUUUGAACUAACAGGGGUAGCACUUCAGAAGGUUGGUCUUUAUAUACUUUUAUAUAUUUAUUAUAGUUGUCCUCGAUAUAUUAAAGGUAAAUCAAACAAUAAAUAAAGUUAAACGCUAAAAAAUGUAAACAAACUACAGUUAACUCCCUGUGACUCGAACCUCCAAGGCAGUUCGAUUUAACGAAUGUUUGAUUUAUGCGAAGCUGCCGUUGAUUCAAACUUAGACAAAAAUGAGAUAUUAGUUCGAGUUUAGGUUAUUUUUUCUUCAGACUCUAUAAAAUUUACAAAUGUUACAUCUAGUAAGUUUUCACUGAAAGAAAUUUAGUAUGUCGGUUUGA